AUGAGCGAACCUUCCUCCAAACGCCCCAAAGGUAACGCUUCUAUGCUAGGCUUCUCUCCCAGACAACGAUUUCUACCAGCAACGAUUGAAAUACUGGCAACCGCUCUUCACUCCCCGAAAUGUUAUUAUCAUUUUUUCUCUGAUCGGGGUUGUGUUUAUUCUGAUCGGAAUCCCCAUUCUGGUCUUUUCCCAUCAAAUCGUCGAGUACAAGAUCGUGUAUGACGGAAA